UCGUGGAGCGGCCAUAUUUGAAACUAAGGAAAGUCAUCGGCCAUCAUGAAUCGUUUUAUCGAUAAUACAGUCAGCCAUGGAUUCAAAACUUGCGCUAUUUCUCUUGUUUGUAGUCUCUCAGUUGGCUGURUUAACUUUUUACCACUUUGAUGCAGUAGAUAGAAUUAGCAAUUUUAUAAACUACAGCAGAAGACGAUGGGCUAACUCGUCCAAGUAUAACUUCGAAUUUUCAAGUAAACAGACAACAGACACCGAAAGUUCAAACGGCGAAGGGUUUUUAUCAACAAUUGGUGAGACUGUGUCGGAUGUGAAAGAAUGGUUUACGUCGGUAUUGUCUGAGCCAUUUGACAUUCUUCCGCCACCAUCUUAUCUGACCAAUGGAGAUGUCAGAGACAAGCCUUUUGCUCCUCAAAUUCGAGAACAAGUAUUUUUGCUAAUAUUAAUAACAACUCAUCCAAAAUCAUCGUCCAGACGAAACCUAAUUCGUAAAACUUGGGCAGGAACUAUUAGUAGCAAACGCAGUGGUAAAGCUAGUAAAUCAACCAAUACAGCAUCAUCAAACAAAAAUGUAUAUUGUGUAUUUACCAUGGGAUUCGCAAAUGAUGUWCAUUUAGAUCAUCAUGUUGAAACUGAGUUCUAUAAAUUCGGGGACAUUAUCCGAGUGGACUCAAAAGAAACAUAUAGAACACUAGUCGAUAAAAUAUGGGGCUCGUUUGGAUGGGCCUUAAGUGUKCGACCUAAAUAUGUCCUCAAAGCCGAUGACGAUGUGUAUGUUAAUGUACCUAAGUUUAUCAGUUGGCUUCAAAACCCAAAACUUCCGCGUAAAUUGUAUGCAGGAUUCAUCCAUUACAGAGGAUAUGUAUAUAGAGAUCAUGGGUCACGAUGGUUUGUAAGUCGUGCACAGUUCCCUGGCUCACAUUUCCCGAAUUAUUGUGCAGGGCCUUUUUACGUGUUCUCUGGAAAUGUGUUGAAAAARCUGUUUGAUAACUCACAAAAGUUUAAAAAAUUUCAAGUGGAAGAUGCUUACUUUGGUCUGGUGGCAAAAAGCAUAGGAUUAGUACCUUACCACGCGGGCAGAGCUUUUCUUCUGGACCAUAAUUUACAUUCUACUCUGUCCAGGAUACCAGAUAGUAGAUUCCAGGAGUUGUGUGUGUUGGGACAUGGGUUACAAGAACAAGAAAUCAGCUACAUCCAUGAUAGAUACUUGAAAAUAGUCGAAAAAGACAACAAGAAAAGAAAAGGAAUAUUCAAUGUUUAMUGAAUUACUGCAAUUUCAUUCAUUAAUAAAUAAAUUCAGACUUUUUUUAACAGUACAACAGAAUAUAGGAAAAAAAGCCUUUUUUGACCGAAUUACGCAUACAAUAAGYUUGUGUUUAACACAGCUUUAAUGCAUCUGAUACCUUCAGGCUGAAGUAACUGGUGAAGAAUAAUGCGAUUAUACACAAUGAUUGUUCUUCUUUUCGGUAGGCUCUACCCUUCUACYGUCACGCAGACWUCGGAAACCCACUACAGCGUGCAAACCUCAAUCCAAUCACGAUAAAUAUCCAUACUUCAUAUAAUCAUAUUUUUAUUGUAUAUUUUCAAAUUCGAAUCAUGCGCAGAGGAAACGUACUUUAGAGGCUGAUGAUCAGAGAAAGGGGCUCAAUCCUGACGAAAAAUUGGCGCACAAAUAUCUAUAUUUUUAUAUACAUGUUAUAUGCCUUCAGUAUYUAAAGAGCAAGCGAUUCUGAAUCACAUUUUUACCGACUUAUUUGCAUAUGAACAGGCACCAACAGCGAAUAUAUGAAGGUUUUAAUGAAUUGAAAAGAUAUAUCUCUUGCCGCUUUAGAAAGGCUUAAACUAACAGCUGCUCAUGCACCGUCUUAUUCGCCGCUAAGUUUACGUCUGUAUAAYUUACAGUCUAACACAAUGAGUCUGUGCAUAAAAUAACUGUAAACUCCAUAGACGUUUGACGUUGUAUUCUGAUAAAUUUAACAUAAAUAAGAGCGCCUUUUUUGCUAAGCCAACGAUUAGCAGCCAGGAUGAAUAUUCAUGAUGCUUAGUGCACUAAUAUCGACAAGAAACAAAUCCAAUAAAAUAAUUGAUUUAGAGAAAACAAA